CCCCCCCCACCGCCGCUAGAUCCGCUGCUGCUGCUGCCGCGGCGGGCGGACCUGCAGGAGGCGGCGGCGGCGGCGGCCGAGGCUGAAGGAAGAUGGCGGACGGCGUGGACCACAUAGACAUUUACGCGGAUGUCGGCGAAGAGUUCAACCAGGAAGCUGAAUAUGGUGGGCAUGAUCAGAUAGAUUUGUAUGACGAUGUCAUAUCUCCAUCUGCAAAUAAUGGAGAUGCCCCAGAAGACCGGGAUUACAUGGAUACUCUCCCACCAACUGUUGGUGAUGAUGUGGGUAAAGGAGCAGCACCAAAUGUUGUCUAUACGUAUACUGGAAAGAGAAUUGCAUUAUAUAUUGGAAAUCUAACAUGGUGGACAACAGAUGAAGACUUAACUGAAGCAGUUCAUUCUUUGGGAGUAAAUGAUAUUUUGGAGAUAAAAUUUUUUGAAAAUCGGGCAAAUGGCCAGUCAAAGGGGUUUGCCCUUGUUGGUGUUGGAUCUGAAGCAUCUUCAAAAAAGUUAAUGGAUCUGUUGCCUAAAAGAGAACUUCAUGGUCAGAAUCCUGUUGUAACUCCAUGCAAUAAACAGUUCCUGAGUCAAUUUGAAAUGCAGUCCAGGAAAACUACACAAUCAGGACAAAUGUCUGGGGAAGGUAAAGCUGGUCCUCCAGGAGGCAGUUCCCGUGCAGCAUUUCCACAAGGUGGUAGAGGACGGGGCCGUUUUCCAGGGGCUGUUCCUGGUGGGGACAGAUUUCCUGGGCCAGCAGGACCAGGAGGGCCACCCCCACCUUUUCCAGGAAAUUUGAUCAAGCAUCUUGUUAAAGGAACUCGGCCUUUGUUCCUGGAAACUAGGAUUCCAUGGCAUAUGGGGCACAGCAUAGAGGAAAUACCCAUUUUUGGCCUAAAAGCUGGACAGACUCCACCACGUCCACCCUUAGGUCCUCCAGGCCCACCUGGUCCACCAGGUCCUCCACCUCCUGGUCAGGUUCUGCCUCCUCCUCUAGCUGGGCCUCCUAAUCGAGGAGAUCGCCCUCCACCACCAGUUCUUUUUCCUGGACAACCUUUUGGGCAGCCUCCAUUGGGUCCACUUCCUCCUGGCCCUCCACCUCCAGUUCCAGGCUACGGCCCCCCUCCUGGCCCACCACCUCCACAACAGGGACCACCUCCACCUCCAGGCCCCUUUCCACCUCGUCCACCCGGUCCACUUGGGCCACCCCUUACACUAGCUCCUCCUCCGCAUCUUCCUGGACCACCUCCAGGUGCCCCACCGCCAGCUCCGCAUGUGAACCCAGCUUUCUUUCCUCCACCAACUAACAGCGGCAUGCCUACAUCAGAUAGCCGAGGUCCACCACCAACAGAUCCAUAUGGGCGACCUCCACCAUAUGAUAGGGGUGACUAUGGCCCCCCUGGAAGGGAAAUGGAUACUGCAAGAACACCAUUGAGUGAAGCUGAAUUUGAAGAAAUCAUGAAUAGAAAUAGAGCAAUCUCAAGCAGUGCUAUUUCGAGAGCUGUGUCUGAUGCCAGUGCUGGUGAUUAUGGGAGUGCUAUUGAGACACUGGUAACUGCAAUUUCUUUAAUUAAACAAUCCAAAGUAUCCGCUGAUGAUCGUUGCAAAGUUCUUAUUAGUUCUUUGCAAGAUUGCCUUCAUGGAAUUGAGUCCAAGUCUUAUGGUUCUGGAUCAAGAAGACGUGAACGAUCAAGAGAGAGGGACCAUAGUAGAUCACGAGAAAAGAGUCGACGUCAUAAAUCCCGUAGUAGAGACCGUCAUGACGAUUAUUAUAGAGAGAGAAGCAGAGAACGAGAGAGGCACCGGGAUCGUGACCGAGACCGUGACCGAGAGCGUGACCGAGAGCGCGAAUAUCGUCAUCGUUAGAAG